AUGAGUUCGGGCUCACGCUUCUCUGAUAUCGAUCCUAACAACAAACGUCUCCCAGCUAUAUCGGGGUAUCUUAGUAUACAACUUCUUCCUAUCGAAAAAGCCGUCGAACCCUUGUUAAGUAUUAUUCCAUUCAUCGAUGUUCAUGCUAAAACAGCUAAGAAACACUGUCCGAUAGAUUCAAAAUACGGCCUCACUAGAGAUGAAAGUGCUUCGAUUUAUCUUUACACUAUGGAAACUGGUGAAGGACAGGAUAACUUCUAUGCUCUUCUAAACGCAGCUCUUCGUGAAGAAAGUCGACUACUUUUAAAACCGUUCUUCUCUUAUUUACGACUGAUUGAUGCAGCAACAACAAAACUACCAUCGAUAAAAACAGUCGUAUGGCGUGGAGUCUCGAGAGAUUUGAGUGCGUCCUUCAAAGAAAAACAAGUAAUUACAUGGUGGACGGUGAGUUCUUGUACUGUGAAAGUUGAUGUAAUUAAAGGUUUUAUUGGUACUUCGCCGAACUCAACGUUAUUUCUUAUUGAAUGUCAAAAUGGCAAAGAUGUAUCAGAAUAUACAUGUUUUCCAAAUGAACAUGAAGUGCUGCUGAUGCCUGGAACACAGUUGCAAGUUUUUAGUAAUUCGUUCGAUCAUCAAGGUGGACUGCAUGUUAUUCAUUUGAAAGAAAUUAGUGACGACGAAGAUGUUGUAAAAUCAAGUGAAAAAUUGUCUAAAACCAUAAAUUAUCCUGACGAUACAAAAUAUACUGGGCAAAUCAAUGACAAAGGUGAACCAGAUGGCCAAGGAACUAUAUGGAUUAAUGAAGAUAAAUUCAAAGGUGAUCGGUAUGAGGGACAGUUUAAGGCAGGUGGACGAAACGGUGUUGGAAUUUAUUACUAUUCCAAUGGAGAUAAGUACGAAGGUGAACAUUGUAAUAACAGACGACACGGUCGAGGUAUUUGUAACUAUUCUAAUGGAAAUAAAUAUAAUGGAGAGUGGGUAAAUGGAGCAAAAGAAGGUCGAGGCAAGUUUAUCUGGAGAAAAGAUGGUACCCAAUGGUAUGAAGGAGACUAUCGAAAUGACAAUAUGAAUGGACAUGGUACGAUGUGUUAUUCAAAUGGACAAAAGUAUGACGGUGAAUUUAGAGAUGGACAGUUACAUGGACAAGGAACUGUGACAGAUUCAAAUGGACAAACACUGAGAAAAGGUAGAUGGGAAAAUAGUAAACCAGUUUAA